AUGCCAGGAGACUAUAGCAGUGGCACACACUGUAGGUUCCAGACCAAGUUCCUGGCACAGCUGGAGAACCAGAUUGAUAGGCAGCAGUUUGAAGAAUCAGUCAAGUGUCUGCUGCUAUUGAUGUUGGGGUUUGCCUUUCUGAGGGAAGCAGCAGCCAGAAAAAACCCCAAAACAAUGGCUCCUGUCCUCCAGAAGCCUGGGAACUGCCCUCCUCUGGAGGACAACAGUGUGAAGGUUGACAUUCGCAUCCUCAAUCAAAACCAGGGCAUUGUCAUAUCACAUGACUUUCAGAACCGCUCCAUCUCCCCAUGGGAUUACAACAUCACCAGGGACCCCCACCGGUUCCCCUCCGAGAUUGCAGAGGCCCAGUGCAGACACUUGGGCUGCAUCAAUGCCCAGGGUCAGGAAGAUAACUCCAUGAACUCGGUUGCCAUCCAGCAAGAGAUCCUGGUCCUUCGAAGGGAGCCUCAGGACUGCUCUCAUUCCUUCCGGCUGGAGAAAGUGCGGGUGACUGUUGGUUGCACCUGUGUCACCCCCAUCGUCCACCACGUGGCCUGACAGCUGUACAUCAACUCUUCUGAGGAAGCUAUUGAAAUGCCACUCCUUACCCACCUCUCUGCAACAAGUCCUGUCUGAUCCCCAUUUUCUUCACUUCUUAGGGCUCGUAGUGAGAUCUGCAUGGAAUUCUCAAAGCUCUGUAUUAAAUGUAGAGUUAAUUUU